CCGCUAUCCCAAAAAUAUGUCGGCGGCGCAGUUGCUCAACCCCAAGGCCGAGUCGCGGAGGCGCGGCGAGGCCCUGAAGGUCAACAUUGCGGCGGGUGAGGGUCUGCAGCAGGUCCUUUCCUCCAACCUGGGGCCCCGCGGUACCCUGAAGAUGCUGGUCGACGGCGCUGGCGCGAUCAAGCUUACCAAGGAUGGCAGCGUGCUGCUGCGCGAGAUGCAAAUCCAGAACCCCACCGCCGUCAUGAUCGCGAGAGCAGCUACCGCACAGGACGACAUCACGGGUGACGGAACGACGUCGGUGGUCUUGAUGGUCGGCGAGCUCCUGAAGCAGGCGGACAGGUACAUCUCGGAAGGUCUGCACCCCAGGGUCAUCACCGACGGUUACGAGUUGGCCAAGACCGAGGCGCUCAAGUUCUUGGACGACUUCAAGCUGCAGAAGGAGGUCGACCGCGAGCUCCUGCUCUCCGUCGCCAGGACCUCCCUCUCCACCAAGCUGAACAGCUCCCUUGCUGAGCAGCUCACCCCCGACAUUGUCGACGCCGUCCUUGCCAUCUACCAGGCCCCUGCGAAGCCCGAUCUGCACAUGGUCGAGAUCAUGACUAUGCAGCACCGCACCGCUGCCGACACCCAGCUGAUCAAGGGUCUUGCGCUUGACCACGGUGCCAGACAUCCGGACAUGCCCAAGCAGGUCGAGGACGCAUACAUCCUCACGCUCAACGUCAGCUUGGAGUACGAGAAGUCAGAGAUCAACUCGGGCUUCUUCUACUCGAGCGCCGAGCAGCGCGACAAGCUGGUCGAGAGCGAGCGGAAGUUCGUCGACGAGAAGCUCAGGAAGAUUGUGGAGCUGAAGAAGGAGGUCUGCGGUGACGACCCGAAGAAGGGCUUCGUCAUAAUAAACCAGAAGGGCAUUGACCCGCUGAGCUUGGACGUUUUGGUGAAGAACGGCAUCUUUGCUCUGCGGAGAGCGAAGAGAAGGAACAUGGAGCGGUUACAGUUGAUCUGCGGUGGUACGGCGCAGAACAGCGUCGAGGACCUCUCUCCGGACGUUCUUGGCUGGGCUGGCAAGGUCUACGAGCACACGCUUGGCGAGGAGAAGUACACGUUUGUGGAGGAUGUCAAGGAGCCCAAGUCGGUCACGCUCCUGAUCAAGGGCCCCAACGCGCACACCAUCGCCCAGAUCAAGGAUGCUGUCCGCGACGGUCUGAGGAGUGUCUACAACAUGAUUGUCGACAAGAGCGUGGUUCCCGGCGGUGGUGCUUUCCAGGUUGCUUGCGCGGCGCACCUUCGCAGCGACGCCUUCAGGAAGACGAUCAAGGGCAAGGCCAGGUACGGUGUUGAGGCCUUCUCUGACGCGCUCCUGAUCAUCCCCAAGACGCUCGCGGCCAACUCGGGUCACGACAUUCAAGAUGCCUUGGCCGAGAUGCAGGACGAGCACGCUGAGGGCAAUGUUGUCGGGUUGGAUCUGGCAUCAGGCGAGGCCAUGGACCCCAUUCAGGCCGGUGUAUACGAUUCGUUCCGCGUGCUGCGCAACUGCAUCGCUUCGAGCACGGGUAUCGCGUCGAAUCUGCUGCUGUGCGACGAGAUGUUGAAGGCCCGGCAAAUGGGCAGGGCGCCUGAGUCGGCCACGGAGGGUUAAGCGGGCGAUGGGGGAGCAGGAGGAGGUGAUGAUGCAUGUCAUGUAGUCUAGACGGCCCCCAGAUGAUGAAGCAGUAAAUGCAUGUUGAACGAUGACUGGUGCAC